CGUCAUCACUCGUCGACGAGCGUUUCGUAUUGUAAACAUUUCAAAAGGAGGCAUCUGAGAUUAUCGAAGAAACUCAUGGAGAAUCUAGUGAAGAUUCAUGGAGCGGGCGGCUACGACUCAGACUUCAGUGAUGAUGAUGGAGAGGGAGACUCCUCGGAGAAAGCGAGAGAGAGGAAACGGGAGGCAGAAAUCUUACAAAAGCCCUUUGAAAAAGGUCGACACUCCAAGGUGGCUCACCGAACUUUACACUUGUGUGAAGUGGACAGAGAGGAAGCCAGAAACAGAAGGGCCCAUCUCAUAUCAAUGAAUGCUUUUGAGCGGCACAGGAAGUUUGUCGGUGACUACAUUUUGUAUUAUGGCGGACAGAUGGCUGACUUCCGACGUUCCACAACUAAAGACAAAACUGAUCUUGACGUGCUGCGUGAAAAUCACCGCUUCCUCUGGAGGGAAGAGGAUGAGGACGACAUGACAUGGGAAAAAGAAAUUGCCAAGAAGUAUUAUGACAAAUUGUUUAAGGAGUACUGCAUCGCUGAUCUCAGCAGGUACAAGGAAAACAAGUUUGGAUUCCGCUGGCGGACUGAGAAGGAAGUUGUUUCAGGAAAAGGUCAGUUCCAGUGUGGGAACAAAUUAUGCGGAGCAGAGGAAGGCCUGAAAAGCUGGGAGGUGAAUUUUGCCUACGUGGAACAAGGGGAGAAGAGGAACGCUUUGGUCAAACUCAGACUGUGUCCUGAAUGCUCUUUCAAACUCAACUACCAUCACAAGAGAAAGGAGGUAAAAGUACAGAGGAAAAGAAAAAUGUCUGAGGAAAACGAAGAGCCAGAAAAGAAGAAAAAGAAAAGGAAGAAAUCCUCCUCUCAUUCUAAGAAACACAAACAGAAGAAGCACAAAGAUUGCUCCACCUCUUCAAGUAGUUCAGAGUCAGAGCAGCACAACUCGGAAGAAGGUGAGAGUGAAGCAGGAAAUGAACCGGGCAGCCAUUCAGAAGCUGACCACUGGCGAGGACCCGCUCCUGCUGUGGAGGAAAAAUCAAGGGAGGAAGAGUUUGAUGAGUACUUUGAAGACAUGUUUCUUUGAAUCUGCUGGUAUCAGCUGCAGCCCUGCUGUGACUACACUUCCUUUUGUAUCCCACUGAUAUUAAGUAUGUUCUAUUUGGGUCUUGUGUGCAUGAAAUAAACAUCAUGUUUAC